GUAUCAUAAUUACACAUAUAAAAUGGUGUAAGUGCAUAUUUCCUGUUAAAUUAAGUGUGUGUAUUAGUCGCUUUGUUUGUCAAACGUUUGUGUUUCCGCAAUAUGACUUAAAAAUGGAAUACAUGAUUCUAUUGUUGAAUUAACAAACGCAAAAAUGAGAGGAUAUACAGUCUUUUGUAAAGUAAUGACAAUUUCUGCAGUUGUGUAUCUGCUAGGAGCCGAAUUGAUUGACGAUCCUAAAGGAAAGGGACAAGAUGCUUUGCCUAUAUUGGUUAACAUGUUUGAUACGAAUGUGAAAAUUACCUGUACAAGGCACAAAAAUCAGGUUGACGAAGACAUUGUUUGGAGAUAUGGCGAUGAUCCUAUUUCAUUUGGUAUAACAUUAAUUAAUAGUAAUGGCAACUACCUGGUUAACAGAAAUGCUUAUAAGGAAAUACAAUUGACAAUUAAAAAAAUUUCAGCUGGCACUCUCGGAACAUAUUCCUGCAUUAAUAGAAAAUUGAAUAAAAACAUAAAGACUGUUGAGUUAAAGAUUAUAGAGAAGCCAAGUAUUGUGAACCAUGCAAAUACAACGCUGAUGAUUCCAGAGGGAAGUAAUGCUACAUUGUGGUGCAAGGUAGAGUCAGCCAUUGAUUACAAGAUAGACUGGUUUCUUCAUGAUAAUAAAUUAGAUCUACCUGUCGGCAUAAAUGGAAGCAGAUUAACUAUAUGUAACAUAACCAGGUAUUGCUCUGCUAUAUACAGAUGUUUUGUUACAAAUGCCAAGGGAAACAAUUCAAUGGACUUCGAUGUUACUGUCAUACACAAACCUAUGGUGAAGAUAGAAGUGAACACAACAACCGACGAUAACGUUGUAACCAAGGAACUCGUUGUUACCAAGGGAAACGUUGUAACCAAAGGAAACGAUGUUAAGCUUUCAAAGAAGAAAAAAACUACGUUAGAGUGUAUCAUAAACGCUGAACCACGAACUGAUUUUAUUGAAUGGUCAGUAGGGGAAAGACGCAUUGGCUCCUGGAAUAAAACGUUAGGAUUCCCAGAAACAUGUAAAUCCUUCAAAAAACGUUACAUGAUUACGAAAGACGAACCAACUAUUUUUUCUGAGCACGAGGUUCUCAAACUUCAAAUACUAAAACCAACAAAAGAUGAUGUAGGAACCUUUAAAUGUUCAGCAUCAAACAUUGUAGACUCACAGUCGGCUGAAGUGGAGAUUGCUUAGGUUCCAGUCUGAAUACACUUUGUAGUUGUCUGUAUAUAAGCAUAUUGAAGGGUCGUUAGACGUUAACGUUCAAAUUGUUUAGAAACUAUGCGAGAUGUUAACGGCAUGUUCCUUAUUGAAAACAAUAUACUGACUAGCAUACGUACAAUAUUGUUUCAGACUGAGAUAUUUUUGAUAAAGAUGUAAAAAUAUUAUAUAUUUGACUUCACAAA